AUGUCCUCCUUCACCUUGGAGGAAACGCUGGAGGCAGACUGGGUGACCGUGAGUCCUCACGCCUUCCAGGAGUGGGAGAAGCACAAAUUUGUCUUCAUCGUGACCUGGAACGAGAUCGAGGGCAAGUUCGCCAUCACCUGUCACAACCGCACGGUGCAACGCCAGCGCAGUGGCUCCCAUGAGUUCUACCACCCCGAGGCCAGAGCCAUCCCCAAGGGCAGCAUCCUCACAGUGAGCAGGGGCCCGACCGGGGGCCCGGACUCUAUCCUGAUGCCUGGCUCCUUGCACCUUCCUGCAGAGGCACUGCCGAAGAUCCCGCUGCAUGCUAAGAGUAGCUCGGCUCGGAGGCCGCUGAGGGGUCUGGAGGCGGCACGUGCCGCCGAAGAGAUAAAAGUACUGGAACUGGGGAAGGAGGAGACCGUCUUGCUGUCGCUGCCGCCCUUGCCGCUGCAGGCAACUGAGUCGGCCGCUCCUGACGGGGAUCCCGUGGAGGAAGAGUGCAGUGGGGCCAGCCUCUUCUCCUUCCAAGACUUGUGGGCCGUGCACCAGUAGCUGUGCUCAGUGAACUCGGAGCUGGAACCUUACCUACCUGCCUUCCCUGAGGAGCCCUCAGGCAUGUGGACAGUGCUGUUUGGAGCCCUGGAGCUAUCCAAGCAGGAGAUGGACACUCUCUGCUACAAACUGCAAGUUUAUUUGCUCCACAGCUUGGAUACCUGCAGCUGGAAGAUUCUUUUGCAGGUGCUCUUCACUGAGACUGACGACCCUGAACAGUAUUAUGAGAGCCUGAGUGAGCUGCGACCAAAGGGGUACGAGGAGAUGCUGCAGCGAGCCCGCAGGCGAAUCCAGGAGCUUCUGGAAAAACAUAAGAACACAGAAAGCAUGUUAGAGCUGCUUGAACUGUAUCAAAUGGAAGACGAAGCCUACAGUAGUUUUGCAGAAGCUACCAUGGAACUCUACCAGUACUUACUACAGCCAUUCCGAGAUAUGAGGGAACUAGCGAUGCUUAGAAGACAACAGAUAAAGGUAUGGGUUAAUGCAGAGACUAUGAGAAAAGCAGGAGCAGCGGAGAGCGACGCUGCCGAGUGCCAGUGCCACCGCCCUUCUCUGCGCCUGCGCUGCCAGCACUGCCACCUUCUACUGAGCCUGCGCUGUCAGCAGAGCCACCACCAGCUGCGCCUGCGCUGGUCGCAGAGCCAGAAGCUGUCACUGCACAUGCGCCGCCUGGAACAGAGCUGCUAG